AUGUAUGCAAUCGGGGGAUGUGCAAACCCCACCAUUAGCAGCCAAGGCAAUAGAUUCCUUGCUCCUGAUUAUCGAUUCCACAAGGAGGUUACAAAGCACCAAGAUUCAACAAAAGGCAACUGGAGAUCAGUGGGAGAUCUUAUGUUAAAUGGGGCAUUCUUCACAGCGUCGGAGGCUAAAGAAUCCUCAAGCUAUGCCAAAGCUUCGAGUAUGGCGGCAAGACCUUCCUCUAUUGUGGGCUCUAUCACUGUAAGUUCGGGUGUUCUCACCUGCAGAAAAGGUUCCAGCUGUUAG